AUCCUUCGGUGUGUGAGGAGGAGGCGGCCUCGCCUGCUCCAGUGACUACAUCGGCGGAGAAGUUGAUGACAGCGGAGCCGAAGGCGGUGGUUAAUCAGGAAGAAGACGAGCCCGAAUUGUUUAGACAAAACGUCGCCGACCUGCGGAGCCUGUUCAUGCUCUGUUACAGCGGAGACGCUUGAGUGUGUCGGCGUGUUCCCUGCGCCAGGAGCCGGGGAGCCGGAGUGAAGGGGGAAAAUGACAUCUUUUUCAUGGAGGGUUUCGCCUGCACUUGUGUUGCUUCUCUUCCCGUCCACUGUGGCUGCAGAGGAGUCCUUACUACAGCCAGGCUGGCACGACGUCUGGUUCUUCCGCUUCUUCAUCAACGUACUGGGAUACUCCACCAUCAUCAUCCCAGGCUACCUCCUCAUCAGCUACUUCAAGCGCACCAGUUACCUAGAAACAGGGAGUGGAAUUUGUUUCCCUGUUAUAAGAACCUGCGUGUUUGGCAGCGAUGUCAAAACGGGUCUGGACGACGUGUCGGUUGCAUCCAGGAAUGACGCCGAUUCAGGCUCAACACUCAAACAGACCGUCAAAUUAAUCUUUUGUGCUGCGGGACUUCAGGUGUCAUACCUGACAUGGGGGGUCCUGCAGGAGAGGGUGAUGACUCGUGCUUAUGGUGCGACUCCAGAGGAGGAGGGGGAGAGGUUCAAGGACUCCCAGUUCUUGGUCUUCAUGAACCGUAUCCUGGCCCUGACCGUGUCGGGACUCUGGUGUCUCCUGUUCAAGCAGCCUCGCCACGGGUCGCCCAUGUACAAGUAUUCUUUUGCCUCGCUGUCAAACAUCAUGAGCAGCUGGUGCCAAUACGAGGCCCUCAAGUUCAUCAGCUUUCCCACCCAAGUCCUGGCCAAGGCCUCCAAAGUCAUUCCCGUCAUGCUCAUGGGUAAGAUUGUGUCCCGGAGGAGCUAUGAAUAUUGGGAGUACUUAACUGCCAUGCUGAUUUCAGCGGGUGUCAGUAUGUUCCUGCUGUCCAGCACGGCCAGCAAACACCCGUCCACUGUCACAACCUUCAGCGGGUUCAUCAUCCUCGUCGGCUAUAUCGUCUUUGACAGCUUCACCUCCAACUGGCAGGACAACUUGUUCAAGGCAAAGAUGUCGUCAGUGCAGAUGAUGUUCGGAGUCAACCUGUUCUCCUGCCUCUUCACAGUCGGCUCGCUGCUGGAGCAGGGUGCCUUCUUCGAGUCGGUGUCCUUCAUGACGCGCCACUCUGAGUUUGCGUUUCAUGCCGUCUUGCUGUCCGUGUGCUCGGCGUGUGGCCAGCUCUUCAUCUUCUACACCAUUAACCAGUUUGGUGCCGCCGUCUUCACCAUCAUCAUGACCCUGAGGCAGGCCAUCGCCAUUCUCCUCUCAUGUUUCCUUUAUGGUCACGCCGUCACGAUGGUCGGUGGAUUUGGCGUCGCCAUAGUUUUCCUGGCACUUUUCCUACGGGUGUAUGCACGUAGCCGCAUGAAGUCCAGCCAACGCUCCGCGCUGCCGCUUCCACAGAAGGUGUAACAAUCCAAAGUCGCACCAGACUGGGAACUGAGACCACGUUUUCUGUGGUGAUUUUUGUGUAUCUCUGGUCUGGGAAUUUUUCUUUAUUUGUUUCUUCUUCUUUUUUCUUUGUGGUAGCAAUGGUACAGAAAGGGAUUCUACACUUUUGACUCUUACACCAAGAUGCCCCCCCCCAGGAUGUGAGUCGAGUGCCUGUAAGAUUGUUGAAUACACAAGUUCCUUACUACCCAUGUCACAGAUUAAUUGUUGAACCACAGAAUGUUGCUCGUGCAGCCAAUUGCUGCUAUCCUGAAAAAUUGGAAAAGGUCUAUGAGCUGUAAAGUUUUAGGAUUCAUUUUUGUGAGGACACCUUUUAAUUUACCUUUAUCCAAAAGGUUUUAACACAAGACAAGACAAUGCGUUUACAUGCAUGUUAAUAGUCCGGUUUUAGUCAGACUAAGACAGUAAUUUGGUUUUCUUAAUGUCUUGUAAACACGUUAGUCUGACUAAAAUUUAGCUAUUUUUAGUCGGACUAACAUACCUGGAUAAUGUGAUUCAUAGUCCGAUUACUCCUGGAAUUAUAUGCUUAGUCGGACUUGGUGUUCAGACCCGGAAGUAAAUGGAGACGACGUGUGCCGUAAAGGUCAACAGGAAACAUAUCCAAUCCACACUAGUUUAUUGAAAGAUACAGCGCCACCUACGGAGUCAGACGUAUGCGGCCAGUAGAUCAGAUUACGGCCUUAGUUGGAUUAAACGUAAACGUACUGACUAACGUUCUUUAAAGACACAUAAUCAUCACAAGAACCAGAGGGGGGCCUUUAUGUAUUCAUGUCAGUCUGAACACAAGUUAAAGGUCAAUUUAAUCAACAGUAUGCGUAAUAAUAAAGGUCACACUACUUCACACUACACACAUCAUUGUGCCCCAGUGUUGCUGAAACAGAUACUGCUGUCAGUAUGUUUUGCUUGGAUAUAUAUAUAUAUUUUUUUGUUUGAUUUAAUUUCAUGUAUCACAGUUGAGCUAAAAAUAAUAAUGUACAUAUAUUGCUUCUUUCCAACAAACCUCUCUGUUGUGUACUUUUGUAAAAAAGGACUGCCUCAUGUGUGUGUCACUGUUACAUGUGAAAGUUUGAAAGAAGACUGAAUGGAUGUUGAUCGAUGACGCUCGUCGCCAUCACAAGAACAUGCAGGUACUCUUAAGUCCUGGGGUUGGGGUUGCUGAGGAAAAUGAACACAAGGGCAAUGCGAUGUGACAAGUACCUUGUUUUUUUGUAUUAUUCUAUUCCCCCUGGUAACUGGAUUAUUAAUAAAACAUUAAAUUAACUUAAAACUA